AUGAAUCAGCUAAUUCAAAUGCCAAAUAAGUUUCGAUAUCUUUUCUUAUUUGCUUUAGCCUUUACUUUAGUACUAACUAGCAAAUCUAAUCAGUCGGUGCCCAAACAACUCACUAAAGAUAAGGAGUAUCUUUUAAAAUCAGAUAGUGAAGACUUAUCUGAUACAUACAAUACGCCGAUUGAAAUUGAAAUACCAAAAAACAGUAUCUCCAAAUCUAACAAAUCGAAAGAGUCUCAACUCAGCCAAGGAUUCACUAAUCCCAACUACGAAGAAGAGAGUUUUCAAUCAGUCAGCCCCCGCUCUAAUCUCCAUAACAACAUGAGUUUCGCCAACCCUAAUUUUAAAGAGAAUGCCGAACAAUCUAACCAAUCUAACCAAUCUGAGCAACCACAUAAACGUUCUAAACGCCAGGCCUUAGACCCCCUAGAUACCGAAAUCUCACCAGAUAAUGAUAAGGACACUACUCCACUCCUACCCGCUGAUGAAAUAGAUAAGAGCAAGGAUAAACCUAAAACUCGAUCUACAUCUGUAGCCCAGGUUAUGUCUAGGGCUAAACAAUCAGUUAUCGAUAAUAUUCUCUACUUAUUCCAUCUUAUUAAAACAACAAUUCGUCCUGAAUCUUUCACACAGUCCCAUCAACUCAAACCGAUAGAACUCACCCCAGAAGAAAAACAACGCGUAGCAGAGAUCAAGAAACUCGCCAAUAAUCCUACAGUUUUAGAUAACAUGAGCGACCAGGAUAUUCUUAACAUUGACAGAAUCCACCAAAUGAAAUUCAAACCCAUUCAUUAUACCCUUGGAGUCAUCACUCUUUGCUGCUCCAUUCUCCUGGCUUUUGGUCUUAUCACCUUAAAGAUAGAACAUCUCAGUACUUACAACCGAUUAUUCGCUGAGCCAAUUCAAAAGAUUCCUAUCUAUAGUUGCACCCAGUACGUCAUCAAUGGCGCACUAGCUGCUUUUGUUCUUCUCUACAACACUAUUACCUACAAAAGACACAGAGUCCCAAGUGAUCUCACCAAUGCUAUUGUCCUAACUGUCUUCACUCUUAUCUGCUUCCUUUUCUUCACUCUCUUCUUUAUCCAGGCCAUGGACUCCGCCCAACUCGGUCUUAUUACCCAAGCCGGUCUUCUUCUCCUUCAAACUCUAAUUCUCUUCGGCUCCGGAUUCACUGGCAUGUGCGUGCUCAACUGGCAAGGCAAUCCCAUUCGAAUUGCCUGCCGUGUCUUCUUCUUCCCCCUCUUCACCUUAGCCGGCCUCUUCUUUGUUACCGCCUUUGUCCAAAUUAUAACUAGUUCGAAUGAAGCCGCUCGCUUUAUUUUCUUCUCCGGUAUCUACGCUCUUUUCUACGGUAUCAUCAUUGCCAAAACUUCCCAAGUCCAUGCCAUCAUUGCCAACUACUUAGAAGGCCGUUACAAAGGCACUACCUCCACCGCACGUCAUAAAUGGUUCCAAGUCAUUGCCGCCCUUCUCCUAAUUAUAGCUAUCUCCCUCCUUCUCUUCUUCGCCACCGCAGCCGCCAACCGAUUAAUCACCAAUCUUAUCAACGAGAUAAACCAUCAAAUCACAAAAAACACAGGAAUUUGGAGUACUAUUCAUAAUUACUUCAAUAUUUCUCAGACCAAAGCCAAAAACAUCGACACAGCCACCUCCUUAGUUCCAUCAGCCAAUACAAUUCUCCCCCCUGCCAGGGGUUAG